AAACUGAAAUCAUGGCACCAACAAGCUGUCUGACUCUGCUCCGGAACCCCAGGGGUUUAUGGAGAACUUUCUUCCGCCCAGGUGUUCAGCUGCACAGGAGCUUGGCGGAUAAGAGCGAUGGUGGUUGGUGGAGCUCUGUGUUUGAACACAAAGUGGAUGCGAGGAAAGAUGCCCACUCCAAUCUGCUGUCCAAGAAAGCGACCAGUGGCCUUUACAAAAUCCAGUUUCACAACGUCAAGCCCGACUGUUUGGAGGCGUACAACGAGCUAUCAACGGAAGUUCAGAGAGAGCUGCACAAUGAUCCAGAUUAUCCCUGUGAAGUUGUGGGAAGCUGGAACACGUGGUACGGAGAACAGGACCAAGCAGUGCAUCUCUGGAGAUACUACGGUGGAUAUCCAGCUCUGACGGAAUGCUUAAACAAAGUCCAAGAAAACAAGGUAUAUCUUGAGUUUCGCAAAGAGAGGAAUAAGAUGCUGAUCUCUAGGCAGAACCAGCUUCUUCUCGAGUUCAGCUUCUGGAAUGAUCCUGUACCCCGACCCGGUCCGAAUAUAUACGAACUGAGAACAUACAGAUUAAAGCCGGGCACGAUGAUAGAAUGGGGAAAUCACUGGGCUCGAGCAAUCAAAUACCGCCAAGAAAACAACGAAGCAGUGGGAGGAUUUUUCACUCAGAUUGGAGAGCUAUAUGUCGUUCACCAUCUUUGGGCCUAUAAAGACCUGCAGUCCAGAGAAGAGACGAGGAACGCGGCGUGGCUGAAAGAGGGCUGGGAUGUCAGUGUAUAUUACACAGUACCCUUAAUCCAGAGUAUGGAGUCAAGGAUCUUGAUCCCCACAAAUAGCUCACCUCUGCAGUGACCCACAGGCUGGCCAUGUGUCACGGUGACCAUCGGGUGGAUUCUCAACUCCUCUGGACUGCAUUAUACCUGCAGCUGACAGCUUCAGCCACAAGAACAAUCAGUUACACCGUCAUUUAUCUGUCGUAAAAUAUCGAAUGAAAAUGAAUAUUCCUGUGAGUCCACAGUUUUUAAAUGAUACCAGUGUUUACUCUGUAUUAUCAUGAAGUACAGCUCUAACAGGGCUACGUACUAUAUCAGAGGUAUCUGCUGCAGUCAAAUUUGCUGCCUUAUUUUUGCAUAAGAAAUUUGCACAGGUCUUUUUGGAGGUUGCAGAGGAGCAGGGUAAUGUGUUCAGGAAAAUACCUCUGCAGGAAAACCACUGCAGUCAACAAUAAAGAUGUUGUGAACAAA